GCAAAACGGAAUAAAAGAACCACACACAAAAAAAGUUUGCGGAAAAGGAAAAGUGCAUAUGAAUGUCUUAAAAAAAAUACAACGCAGCGGCAUAAUUAAUAGCAAUGUGCAAAAAACAGUGUAAAACGAAAAACAUGCGCUGCCGCGUAUGACCAAAAAAUUUGUUUUCAACUAAUUAAAUAGUCUGUGUUCCGUUUCUGUAUCUUGGUGUGCGUGUGCUACAAACUUGCUGCCUUAGUGUAAUUUAUUAAAACGACGGAUUCCCAUCCCCUUAUUUUUGUGUGGCACCCCAAAGUGAACCUAAACCUUAAAUGAUAAUGGUUCGCAGACGCGCACGGCCCGCCAAAGAGCCCGCCCUAAUGGUGGUUACCUCUAACGGGGUCGACGCAAACAGCAACGCGACGUUGGCCCUGCCGUUUAAUGGCGAACCAAUCAGCGCCGUGGCUGCGGCGGCCACCAAUAAUCUGCUGGAUGAUCAAUACUUUGCCAGCCCCAAGCGAAAAGACUGCCGUCUUAUGAAAACGCAUGAAAAUCUCAAUGCGACGGAAGAUUUACAAUGUCACAGCAAAGACAACAACAAAGCUAAUGGCAACUCAACCAAGUCUGAAACUGGCCGCACAAUUGGUGUUCAAUUGGCAACGCGUUCGCAAACACGCACCAUUGAAAACUUCUUUAAAGCGAAUGCGGCUGCAAAAAGCCAACAAAUAUCUACUAUUCUAUCAGAUACAGUAAUAGCUACAACUACAACAGCAGAGCAAAAGACAAUAACAAUAAAUGGCGCCUUAGAUGACGAAUUGGAGGAAGAGGAAUCUCUCCUGUAUGACGCACACUCCAUAGAGUCGCCUUCCACUAGUACCAGCUCUCCAUCUUAUCCAAACGAUGAUCUGGAAACCGACAACAGCUCCGAGCUGGGCAGUAACUACACUCCUAUAGACACAGCCACACGCAUACAAGUAGACACUCACACACAAACAGACCCACACAUAGACACAUCUACAAACACGGCUGCCUUUCAGACGCAUCGCUCAACGCUGCGCGACAGUCACAGCUCGUCGCAUAGCAGCAGCAGCAGCAGCGCUGCGACUUCCGAUAAUAUAUUUCUGCAGGAGCCAGUGCUGACGUUGGACAUCGAUCGCACGCCCACAAAGGCCUCCAGCAUUCGCAUUAACAAAAGCUUCGAGCUGGCAAGUGCCGUAUUCUCAUCACCGCCUUCUGUGCUGAGUUCUUGCGUGCUAAACGGUCGCUUCAAUCAGAUUGUUACGCUCAAUGGCCAUGGGCACGGAGAGGAGCAAGAGCAUGAACAAGAACAGCACCAGCUGCAGCAACCGCUGAGCGGUUUUGAGUUGGACCAAAAUGACAGCAGUUCCUGCGAUAGUGGCGUCGCCUGUUGCUUGACGGCUGGCACAUCGCCUGCGGUGGCGGGCAACCGACGACGUAAGCCCGCGACUCCACACCGCAUACUAUGCCCCUCGCCUAUCAAGACGAUGCCGCGCGACACAGUGCUGCUGAAGGGCGAUGCGUUGUCGCCUCGCAAGUCGCCGCGUAAACUGCAAAUGCAGCUGGCCGCAAGCAGCGCGUGCAAGUCGCGACGAAGACUGAAUCAGCCAAAGCCACAAGCGCCUUACCAGCAGCCCAGCCCAGCGCCAAGUGAAGAUGUCGUUUUGGUGGACGACGGUGAAGACGAUGAGGAUGAUGUGCAUGCGCUACUGAAGGCUGCAGAGGAGCGUGAAAAUAUGAACAAAGCCAAGGCAAUGCCCAAACCGGCUGCAGUAGCAGCAGCAACGGUCAAGCCAAAGGCAUCUACCAAACCGGCCAAGGCCAGGACCAUGGCGGCCAAAUCCCAACCGCUGGCUGCAACAAAUGGCAAUCGUGAGAUGACCGAGUUCUUUCCGGUGCGGCGCAGUGUUCGCAAAACUAAAACGGCCGUCAAAGAGGAAAUGAUGCGAAAAUUGGAGCAGGCCGUGCUCGAGGAGCGCUGCGAGGGUCUGCAGGUACGCCACUUUAUGGGCAAGGGGCGGGGCGUUGUCGCUAUACGUCGGUUCAAGCGUAACGAGUUUGUCGUCGAAUAUGUGGGUGAUCUCAUUGCGAUCAGCGAGGCCACUGAACGCGAGCGUCGUUACGCGCUGGACGAGAAUGCUGGCUGCUAUAUGUACUACUUUAAGCAUAAGAACCAGCAGUACUGCAUCGAUGCCACUAUUGACACCGGCAAGUUUGGUCGCCUUAUCAAUCACUCGCGUAACGGCAAUUUGAUGACCAAAGUGGUUGUCAUCAAGCAGCGACCACAUUUGGUGCUGCUGGCCAAAGAUGACAUUGAGCCCGGCGAGGAGUUAACAUAUGACUAUGGCGAUCGUUCCAAGGAGUCGCUGCUCCAUCAUCCGUGGCUGGCAUUCUGAGCCAUUGGCUCAUGGUAACUGUCAUUACCUAAAUAAAUAAUAGUAGCAUAGAUAUUCUUUAAUGAAAAAUUGAAAGAAAAAAACUGUUAGUGCAAAAUAUCGUAAAGGAUAGAGAGCAUCAUCAUCAUAUUUUUGGAUCUGUUAGCGUUUUUCCUUUGUUGUAAGGCAUCGAUUAUGAAACUGUUGAACAUUUAGACGAAGUUGAAGCGAUUGAAGCUGAUGAUUAUGACAUAAACAUUGCAUUCACAUUUAUAUUGAAAUCGUACACACUAUUUAUAUAGGACUAGGUAUAUAUAUGUAAUAUUGCUAAUAAUUAUGUACUAUUUACUGCCAUAGUGCUAUCUAUAUACACCCCGUGCACCUCGCCAAUCCCAAUCCAAAAAAAAAACCCCUGACUAGAUAUUAAUAUAUAAUUAUUGCAUCAACAUCUCUUAACACACGCGUUUAACGAGGCUUCCUGUAGCGUUCACUGGCAGAGUCCUACUUACUGAGAGAGUGCCUGAGAAAUAGAUAUCAUCCGGUGUUUCUCUGUGCGCAUCACCCAAUGAGCUUCCUAUAAGCAGGUUUCAAGUACUCCAACACGCCUUGCAGCGAGUCUCCUAGUAGAAUCAUGAAUCUAAUUAUAUAUGCCGUCGCCGCCCCCCGUCCCCACAAACUUAUUUGAUAAGUAACGCAAGAUUGUAUUGCAACAAAAAUUUGGUUCAAAUAAACGUAAAUUGUUUUUUUCAA